AGAUAGAUAGAUAGAUAGAUAGAUAGAUAGAUAGAUAGAUAGAUAGAUGGAUGGAUGGAUGGAUGGAUAGAUGGAAAGAUAGACUACUCCUUUAUGUUCCUCUUCUCCGUUACCUCAUUUCUAAAAUGUCUAUUGUUGAUUUCCCAAGUGAAUCCAGUCAGGUCAAACUAAAUCUAGAAAGGAAUGAGAGAAGGGGGAGACAGAAAGAUAGCAAUACAUACAGAUGACGAGAGAGCGAUUAGAAAGAGAGAGAUGAGAUGGAGGAAGAGAGGAAGGAGAAGCAGCUGGAGAGGAGAAGUUGGUCUCUUUGCAGCUCCAAAGCUCUUAAAGCCCCGAAGCUGUGUGGAGUGUAAAUGGGAGGAAAGAGAGAGAGAGAGAGAGAGAGAGAUAGAUAGAGGAAGAGAAGGAGAGAGCGAGAGGUAGAGGGAGGCUGAAUUGAGGAGAAGAAAAGCUAUAAGGGAGAGAGAGGGAAAGGGAGAGGAGGAGGGUUUGCGUUGGUGUGUUGGUUGGCAGAGAGAGUGCUUGUCAAAAAAAUCUUCCUCUGACAGAAGGCAUGAUUCACAGCAGAGAGAGAGGGAGAGGGGAGAGAAAGAGGGGGAGAGAGAGGGAGACAAGCGUCAGAAAAAGCAAAAAAACGGCAGAGAUAAAGAGAGAGAGAGAGAGAGAGAAACGACAGGGGCAGAGAUGCCGGUAAGAAAAACAAAUGAGGAUGCUUAUUUGAGGCAGAAUGACAAGACAUUUACAGGAUGGGACGGAGAUCGACGGACUGGAUUGACUGAUGCCUUUUAAUGACUGUGACCAUGUUGAUAAGACAGACGAUGGUAAUCAACAAACACUGCCAGAAUGAAAGGAGAAGCUUUCUGUCGCUUUGUGUCUGACUAACGCUCCACUGGAAAAAGACUUUAUUGGCUCUGAACAGACAGCCAGAACAAUAAACAGCUAAAAUAAAAACAAAUGCGGACAUGUUGGGAAGAGCAUGGGAGAGAAGAUGAGCUAAGAACAUAAAAACAUAAAAACUGGACAUAUUUUGUCUUAUAUUUUCAUGUUUCUUCUUCUAAAUCUGGUUGGAGUAUUUUUAAUUUUGACAUUAUCUUGUUUACAUUGUUUUUAUGUCAUGAAGCUUUUGACAAGCAGUUUUUUUUUGCAGCAAGGCUUUGAUCAAAACAGUGUCCUGACAAGAAAUAUGCUUCAGUAUUUUACCAUAAAAGAAAAAGCAUUUCUCUUUUGCCAUGGCCCUCUCAAAGCCAGCUGCCAUGCAUCUUGAACAUAUUGAAAUAUAUUUUACAAGCUAAAUUUUUCAUAAUUAGUCAAAUUAACAAAUUCACAAUUCACUCUUCAAACUUCAACCGUGCCUCCCACCAGUCCCUCCCACCAUCAGCCAUCCGACCAAUCAUGGGUAAGCCUCUAAGCCGUCCUGGGUGUUUCAGGAAGAGCUCCUGCUGCCUGGAGAAACAUGGAGCUGGGGAUGGAGGAUUGGGAGGGCGGUCUGGGGGAGUGGAAGGGGGAUACGGAGACGGCUACAUUCCCCAACGAUCCAUCUACGAUACCAUGUGCAUCAAUCAACAGAUUGACAGCCAUCACCAUCACGCUGGAGGGUCCAUGAGGCAAGAUGGUGGAUGUGAGGGGAGUUUUAGCUACUCUGCAAGCGGCUCCCUAAGGGUUAGCAGGUCUCCGGCUGACAUGUUUGAUCCGCAGCCCCGCUCUCUAACUCCGAACCCUUCGUUUGUUCGACGACUGGAUGAAAGAGCCAUCUUUGAUUCAUUGAAGCUUGGGGGUCAGGAUGUCGAUGGUGUUGGCUGCCAUUCGCCAGGAUGUAUCAACCGAUCAGUUUCUCCCUCCGUGUCAUCAUUCUCAGCACCAGGAGUGUCCUCCUCCUCAUCCAAGAAACACCACCAUCCCCACCACCAUCAACAUGGAGACAGUACAAAGAGCAGAGAUGGCCGACAUUCCUGGAAAGUCUUUACACCUCCGAAACACCUGGAGUGUCUGGAGCUUACUACAGCCGAAAUGAUGGACAGAGGAGGGGGGUAUCUGAACCCAGGACACUACCCUCCCCCUGGGGGCCAGUCCUCCUCUCUUACCUCCCCCCUCAUUUCCCCAUUCUCUGGCUCACCUCUCUCCUCGGGUUACCAUACUCCGGUCUUUUUCUCCCCUGCCAAACCUCGCCCCAGUCAGUCUCAGAGUUUGCGAUGUUCCCCUCCCCAGGUCGUCCAGCCAAGGCAUUACUCCCAAACCCAGAGUCUCAGGCUGUCACCACCCCAUGAGCUUAGACGAUCUCCCUACCGUGCCCCGCUGGUCCAACUGUCUGCUCAUGACCUCGAGCAGGAAAUGAGGGACAGAGGAGGAGGAUGGGGCCGGAGUGAGCGAGAAAGGGAGUGGGAGAGGGAGAGAGAAAGGGAGAUGGAGCGAGGGUGGGCCCAGCGAGAGUGGGAAAGAGAAAGGGAGAGGGGGAGGCUGGAGAGGGAGAAGGCGAGAGAAAGGGAGAGGAGGGAAACAUCAACUUUUGGCACGUUUGGGUAUGGUCGACCAGUACCUCUUCGUUCAGACAGAGACUCUGUGUUUUUAGAGCACGACCAGGUUAUAGACACAACACCCCUAUUGCUCCCCCACCCCUCACCUUCACCCUCCCCCAAUGCUGCCCCCAGAAUGGGCACUGGCGCUGUGGGUAGGAAUAGAGCCGGGUCAAAGGUUGGCCCUGAAAGUGUAGGUAUGGUUUCAAAGUUUGACAAUGGGAGUGUGGGUUUGGUGUUAGUUGACAGCAAAUCUGGGUGUGGGCCGAGGAUAGUAAGUGAAGCUGGAGUUGGAAACAUGCAAGAGGCUGAAAUCAGGGCUGGAAUACAAGAACACCAUAGAGCUGAAAGUUGGAACAAAUAUGACAACGGAUCCAGGGCUAGCAUUAAAAAUGGGUCUGAAAUAAGAAUGGGCUCCCAAGUGAAAACACGACCAGGUGGACGGGAUCUGGAAGGAAAAGUACAGUCUGGGGUGGAGAUUGAAAAUAUGGCUCCAGCUGUGAACAAAGAUGGACACAGGGGAACAACAAGGAGUGGAGAAAAAACUGGAAGGGGUGUGGCUAAACCAGAACCCAUUGCUGAGACUAUACCUUCAACUGUGACUGACAUUGAGAACAGGAUUGAGCCUGGAGAUAAAGUUGAGAUUGGAGCUGGACCUGGUCUGGGGAUGAAGCCAGAGAUUGAGGCAGGGGUUGAGGCUAAAGCUAUUUUAAGGCAGGUGGAGAACAGGACUGGAACAGAAGCUGGAGGUGUAGCUACAGUUAACAAUGAGGUUGGUUCGGCAGCAGAGUCCAGGGUAGAACCUAAAGAGACAGAAGUUAAGAUUGCUCCUACAUCUGAGCCUGAAGCAUUACUAGAGGCUGGGGUUAGUAGUGAGACAGAGACUAAAAGUAACACUGAGACUGGGGCUGUCAGUGAAACACAGAACAGCAACAAGACUACAGAUAAAGCUCACAUAAGUGUUGAGGCUGGGGAUAAAACUGAUACUGCCCCUGCAGAUCAGGCUGAGAAAAAGCCUUUGGACAUCGAUAAAAUUGAAUCUAGCAAUGUAGAGAAAGGUUCCAGGUCCCACAAGUCCAAAUCAUCCAAGUCCAGCUCUAGGACUCGACCUGGCACGGCCACAGGGCUCCGACCAGGCGUGGUCAGCCCUGGCCUAAGCAGAGGAUUUGGAGACUGUGAGUCAACAGGCCUUAAGUCUGAGGGCAUUGAGUCCACCUGGCCUCGCCGAAUCAUGGUCAGAAAGAGGACUGUUCGGCAGGGUGGGGCACUCCACAACCUCCCUAUUCUACCCCCACUCCCCUCUGUCCUCUCAGCAUUGGAGAAGAGGCGCCCACUUGCCCAACUCCACCCCCGUCCAGGCCACUUCUCAGAGAACCCACUAACAACCAUUAUAAAUGCUACAAGUAUUGUGGGACGAUGCUCACUUAAAGAGCCCUCCCAUCUAGAACCAGGACAGGGGGCCAGUUUGGUAGGCAGGGCUUCCCUGAAGGAGCAGAACUUGGAGCAGUGGAGGGUCUGCAGAGAGCAGGAGGAACCCAGGAGAACCAGGAGUAAGGAGAAACAAGCAGAGCAGAGUAAAGAGAAGACUGAGAUUGAGGAGAGGAAGGGGAAGGAAGAGAAGCGAGACAAGGCGAGAAUCGAAGAGAAAGACAAAAGGGAGGAGAAAGUGGGAAAGGAGAAAGAGAUGGUUACUGUCCUAGAGGGGCUGGUGAAGGAAACCAAACAAGAAAAGUCAGAGAGAAGGGUUAAAGGGAAAUUGCAAGAGGAUGGGAACAUAAAGGAAGAUGUAGAAAUAAUGUUUGAAAAGGUGGAGGAUAGAGAAAUGAAGAUUAAGGAUGGAAUACAAGAGCAGCAUCGACAAGAGUUGGAGGAGGUGGUGGCUAAAUCAAAGAAAGAAGAAGUUGACGUGGAGGGAGGAGAAGGAGGCACAUUUGGAGAUGAAGGGGGGAUAGAGAGUUGGGACGUUGUCCUUGACAUGGUCAACACAUUGUGGGAGGAUGGCUGGGAGAAAGGGGGAGCGGGAGGAAGUGGUGAUACAGAUUCCUUCUCGGGCUCCCUUCAACGUUGGCCUCUUCUCCGGCCCCCAAUUGGCUUUGGGGGCUCCCAUCCCCCCUCCUCAGCAGCCUCGGAGCUCAGCCUGACAGAGUUGGAAAGGAGAGCCAGGGAGCUGGACUCGGACCUGGAGCACCUAGACCUGUCUCAGCCCCACAGGGACACCCAGGAUUUGUACCAAUCACUGCUGGAGCCACAGAGGGAACGAACGGACAUGUACCAAACACACCCUGGGCCGCAGAGAGAGAAAGUUGCUCUCUUGACAGGAAUGGGGAACAGAUCCCAGGUCAGUUUGGAGCUCAGUGCUAUGGCCUCACCAGCUACAGACACAGAUAGACCUCCUGUUGACUGGUCAACCAAAUCUGCUGGGACUUCCACUGUUGGCAAUAGCUCUACUAAGGAGGACAGCUCUCCAGACUCCAACCUUACGCUGGAAUCCGACUCCAGUGGCGUCUUCUUGUCCUUAUCCAAUCAGAGCCAGGAGGAAGCUGGCUCUGACAGCGACCAGCCAAUCAGUGGCUCUGACCUAGGCAGUAGCAGCACGUCACUGGAGAAAGAUGGGGACGAUGGAGGGUUAAAGGAAUGGGGGAGGGAGGAGAGUGCAGAGCUACAGUGGUGCUACCCAUCACUCCUCGACACCUCCUUGCAUGAAGACAAAGAAGGAGAUAGCGGAAGAGAGAAAGCAGGGCAUGGAAAGAUGGGGAGAGAUGAAGAGAGAGGGAAAGAUGAGAAUGGAAGGUGGGUUGGUAAGAUAGGUUCUGUUUCAACAACUAAGACCCCACUUGACCAUGCAGAUAAGGAGGGCUCCACAGCUUUAAAUGCCCCACAAAGUGAAGAGAUACCACCCAGGAAAAAAGUGACCAUCAUGGGAAGUGACUUUCCUCUUCCUCUGUCUCCCUCAAAACAACCAAUCAAACACCUUCUAGAUCCAAAUCAGAAGCCAAUCAGAAGCUCAGGCCUGGACUGUGGUGAUUUAGAUCCCUUUGUCCAAUCGGACAGCUUUGUUUACCUUGCCGUGUCUGCAAGACCUGCCUCCCAGGGUGAAGUCACCACACUGACAGAAGUUCCCACCCAAUAUAUAAAACAAGACAGUGUACAGCAACAUUCAGAUAGCAUGAAAACACACUUGGACCAGUCAAAUACAGAAUGGAUCGCUAAGCCAACUCAUUUUGCCCCACAAAAACCAGAGGAAGGAGACUUUCUGUGCACUGACAGCUUUGUCUACCUGGCUGCUCCAGCCUGCCACCUACUGGGCCCUGCAGGAACUGCACCCUACAGCGGCAGGGAGUCAGACUCAGAGAGUUCCGGAUCUGGCGCUGUUGAUCUGUCAGUACUGGGCUGUGGCUCGGUGGCAGGGGAUAGCGACUGGGACUCAGACCUGUCCGACUCCGAUCCCAGUCGCUCCUCCAGAAUAUCUGCUGCUGCUAAUAAAUCUGCCGGCGUAUCACGACCCAAGCGGCUGCCUGCUGAACCAGGCUGGGACUUGUUUGGAGAAACCACCGAACCUGAAGUGCUGAGUGAGCUCUUCACAGAACAGGACAAAAACAACAAUGGCAUAGCAAGGAAGGUUACCGGGGUUACCACCAGCCUGGCUGAUACACCAGCUAUUCCCAUGGCAACUCAGCAUGUCACUGCGCCAGUGAAACGGGUAGAAUCAGUAGAUCAGUCGUCAACAACAAAGAAGGUGACAUGGCAGUUUAAACCAGCCCAGAGGUCAGUCUGCACAGGAAGCAGGAAGGAUAAAGAGAAGGAAGGGACAUCAUCAUUGGUAAGGUUUACAGAACUUGAAGGAGGCGAUUCCCAUAGAUCCUCCCCUUCAUCUUCAUCGUCUUCAUCAUCCUCACCAUCGUCAUCGUCUUCUGGUUGAUUUGUGAAGGAAAUGUUUUUUGUUCAAUCGUUUGAGAGGAGGCUUUAUUGCUGAAGCUGGGUUUGUUUCCAAAAGAUAGAAAAGGUUUUCAACUUGUUCUGUAGAAACUGAUGGCUAGAACAACUGCAUAUUUUUUUGCCUGUACAUUUUUUAUUUUGCAUUUAGCUGCUGCCAUUGCCUUCUUAUGACCUUCUAAAGGCUGCAUAAAAGACUAGGUAAUUGUUGCAUUUUCUUGGACUACUCUACACAAUAUACUAUUUAAUCAAUUUAAGUUUGAGAUAGUGUGAGACUCAGGCUAAACAGAAACCUUCAGGUUGAGAUUGCGUGGAAAUAUGGCCUGAUAGAACAUGUAGGUAAGUCAUUCCUAAUGGAUUUUAUCAACAGUCAAAGUUUGACACAUGCUUGAUUUAUUAGUUACACAUUACUCUAUCUCUAAACAAGAAAUAGGAAUAGUACUGUGGGUUUUUUAUUCUAUUGAAUGUACUGUACAGGAUAUACACAACUAUAAGUAAAAACAAAAUUCACAUAUGAGGCAUUCUCAGUGGUUUGGCUUGGUCACCUGUAUUUAAACAUUAUUACAAUGUUGGAAUUUAGUUACAAUAACACAUACAAAUGAUUACAGUUGGAGAAAAGAAUUUCUGUCUAACAAUCUAACAAAAGAUCUAACAAUGUAAAUGUGUCUCAGGUCUUAUAUCAAAUUACACUUCCUUCCCCUAUGUAAUGCCUCACUCCAACACCUGCCCUUACUACUUCAUAUAUAUGCUUUUAAAACUGACUUUUAGAAAGCGACUGAGGUCGAACUUUACAGUGUACAAUGUAUUUUAUAAUCACAUCCAACUUUACAGUGUAUUUACCAGUGUGUCAAUAAUAUAUUUUGAAACAUUGAGAUAAUUAUAGAGCGAUAUAUACAGUAUAUAUGUGUGUCUGUGUGUGUGUGUGUGUGUGUGUGUGUGUGUGUGUGUGUGUGUGUGCAGACAUGAACAAAUAAUGGAAGGAUUUAGUAAUAACAUUUAAUUUAAAUGUUUUAUUUAUAAAUUAAAUUGAAAUUGUCAAUGUUAAAAUUGGGCAAUAUGCUUACGGAUUCAUGCUAUAUUCUAUGUUUCAGAUGUGGAAAGUGUUGCCUGAGUGAUGUGUAUAAUAAUGGCUGAGUUUAAUUUUAUUUUAUACAACCAAAUACUAAUUGUAAAUGCAGUCUUACACUCAUUUAGAGGUUCUAUGUGUAACAAUUUUAAACAUCAAUGUAUUAUCAGGUAGCUCGGUAUAAUUGCCAUAAACAAUGAGACAUGAUAGAUAGCCUUUGUCUCACACCAGUGGUAGUUUUAGUGCUAGGGACUUCAUUGCCGUGGCAUCUUGGGCUUUACUGAAGAGGAUUAACAUGUUGGAGAUGAUUUGCCUCUCACUCUCCUCCACCAAUUGAGAGCAAAUUUGACAGUUUUAGCUCUGUUUGCAUUGAAAGUGAAGCAAUCCAGAAGAUUUUCAUCCAAAUCCAUGUCAGUAGCACACAAUGUAAAAUGCAGUGUGGAGACCUGUAGAGCUGCCAAUCAUCCCAGCAGUGGUUCUGUUGUUGACUAAUUAUACUAACGUUUCAAAAUGAAUGUGGUAAUCAUUUACUGAUGUUAACAAUUACACAUGUAGCACCUUUAAAAGAGCGCACAGUGCUAGCAGGUUUAUCCUAUUACAAAUGUGACAAAGAGAGCGCGGAAGGUUGACAAAUCAUUGUUACUUACCCAAUAAUAAUUAGCAUCACAAUAUGAUGUGGCUAUGAAAGGAUGUGUGGUAAAUUAUGUCCUGGCAGGCAAAUGUUUCCUCAGCAGGUGCACUUGUGCUUUUUUAAAUAUGUACUUGAAUUUCAAAUUGGGCAGUGGGAGGUAACUUUGUAAAUUUGUCUUUGUGUUAUCAGUGUUGAACGUAAUGGCACUAGAUUUUGGAAGUUGAAUCUAUUGUGGGGAUGCUGCAGCCAUAUUUUUUUGAUUUGAUUGCGAUUGAUGCCGUAACAUUGGUGUUUUUUUGUUUUAGGUUUUUCUGCAAACUGAGAACUGUUGCUUUGUGCAGAUUUAACUGCCAUUAUGAACAAUGAAAUGCUCCGCCAGUCCCUAUUCUUAAUGAUGUUGCUCUGUGUGAACCAACAGGAUUUGGCAGAGCUCUAAAUGCACCUGUCUGGUUUAGUGAUAGAUUUAUUAUUUAUUAUUUUAUAUUUUCUGGUGUUUUCAAGCACAUAUUUACAAGUACAUCCAUGGAGGAAUUACGUACUUCGUUAGCAUUGAUCCGUAUUUUUAAAGCUGCAAGAUUGUGGGGAUGUCUUAGGAAGUGAAUGUGUUACCAGCGAUUGAACUAAUGACUAUUGAAGGUUUGAAAUGACCACAACCUCUGACUACUUGUUAUUUUCUAAACCAUGUCAAAAUGCAUUGAAUGUACAUUUGUUGAGAUUGUUAUGACACCUUAUAGCACCCCAAAUCCCUGUUGAAGGUCAGCAGUUUCAAAACAUUAAAAGUGAUCUGUGAGGCCAUUUUGGCAGGCCGGAUUAACCUGUAACGGCACAGAUUUGCUGAUGUUACAUUGUUACCUAUUACACUCCCAUGGCAGGAGAAACCAACCAGUACCCAUGUGGUUUAGGUUUGUCCUUUGCUUUUUUGUGUGUGUCAGUUUGUGGUAAUUUGAUUAAACACAAAAUUAUGUAGGAAUAUUGACCAUAUAAACACAAUAGGGUGGUAUUAGCCUCCGCAAAAUCCGUUAAUUGUGGAAUGUACAACUUGCAAUGCUGGGUUACUUGAAAGCUGUUAUCAAUAACUUAUUACUUACUGAAAAUGUAAUUGCAUCACUUUACAAUUUUUUCAGCAGGAAAAGUUAUGUUAGCCUACAUUACUUGUUUACUUUGGUUACCCUGCCCAACUCUAUCGAAGGUGCCUUUCAACAACUCCAAAUUCUCCACACCCAGACCGUUCUCAUUGCCUGGUUGUCAAAUACCGACGCUUUGUCACAAUCUUUGUCAGUACCAGUUGUUCAAUAACUUAAAUGAUUAAUGUUUAGCCUUGCUUUUUUGGUUUGAAUAUUAUGAAAUACAGUUCCUGUACAUCAGAAUUUCUGCCACUGGUGUUGCUAGGCAAUGUUUGGAGAAACAAAAAGGAGCAAGUUUUACAAGGUCGGGUGAAGACUUUUAAAAUUUGUACAAGUUUUGAAAUUAGAAGAGAAA